AUGUCUGCAGCAACUGCCGCUCCACUACUCGCUCUUUUAAAAGAGCAGGACAGUUCAGUAAAGUCGUACGCUUUAGAAUCAAUCAAUGGGGUGAUUGACGAAUUAUGGUCCGAAAUUUCGAACGAUAUCACAGAAAUCGAGGCGCUCUACGAAGAUCCCUCUUUCAAAGAUCGGAAACUAGCAGCAAUCGUUGUUUCAAAACUAUACUACAACUUGGGAGAAUAUGAAGCUGCUGUCAAGUAUGCUCUUGCCGCGGAUGAUCAAUUCGAUAUGAACGAGAAAUCUCAGUUCGUGGAGACAAUUGUUUCAGAAAGCCUUGAGAUGUACAUCAAACUGGCCACUGCUGCAUACAACAAAAAGAAGUUUGACGUGAAUACGGAGCCUCAGCUGCGGAUCAUCUUCGAGAAAAUGCUUGAAAAAUGUAUGGAGGGCGGCGAUUACAAAAUGGCCGUGGGCAUUGCUCUAGAAAGUUUCCGAUUGGAUACUGUUGAGGAAAUUGUCCAAAAUCGUAUUCAAAACGAUUCAGAUGCCAACGCUUUGAAAUUGGUGAACUACGUCUUGACAGCCGCCAGCACCACGAUCACAAGCACCUCUUUCAGAAAUGCAAUUCUGAAAAAAAUCUUCGCCAUUUUAAUUGCCAUGAAGAACCCUGACUAUUUUACCAUAUCUAAGAUAAUAGUCAACUUGAAUGAUAUCGAUUUGGCCAUUUCCCUUUUCAAAAAAUUGAGCGAGGAAGAAACCAAAGAAGUAACGUAUCAAAUUGCAUUCGACCUGGUUACCUCUGCUUCCCAGGGACUGCUGGAGGGGCUUGAGACUGCUUUACAUUCUGAGAAUUUUGAUCAGCGACUAUCGGAGAUCCUCUCGGGAGUACCGACUUGCGACUACUACAACACGUUCCUAUUCAGAAACAAAAACAUCGAUUUGGGUUUGUUGAACAAAGCAAAAUCGUCCAUGGACGGUAAAUUUUCUCUUUUUCAUACCGCUGUUAGCGUAGCCAAUGGCUAUAUGCACGCUGGAACGACCGACGAUUCGUUCAUCAGGUCGAACCUUUCAUGGCUGGGCAAAGCUCAAAACUGGGCGAAGUUCACCGCGACGGCUUCCCUGGGAGUUAUUCAUCAAGGUAAUCUUUCAGAAGGCCGUAAAAUUAUGGAGCCUUACUUACCUGGUAGCCGUGCCGCGUCUCGCUACAUUAAGGGUGGUUCUCUAUAUGGAUUAGGCUUGAUUUUCGCUGGAUUCGGAAAGGAAAUUACAGGCUAUUUGAAGUCGCAUCUCGUUGAGAAUAGCUCUUCAGCCGGAGACGAAGACGUAGAUGUUCUAUUGCACGGUGCAUCUCUUGGUGUGGGACUAGCCGGUAUGGGUUCUGCCCAUACCGAGCUAUAUGAGUCUUUGAGGGAGGUUUUGUAUAAUGACUCUGCAAACUCUGGAGAAGCGGCCGCCUUAGGAAUGGGUCUAAUUAUGUUAGGGAGCGGUGAGAGUUCCUCUGUUCAGGACAUGUUGACUUAUGCCCAAGAAACACAACACGGUAAUAUUACAAGGGGUCUAGCAAUGGCUUUGGCUCUAAUCAACUAUGGCAGGGAAGAGCUUGCUGACGAAACAAUUGAAGGAAUGUUGCGCCAUGAGGAUGCGCUUAUCCGUUAUGGUGGUGCUUUCACAAUUGCUUUGGCUUAUGCGGGAACUGGAAAUAACAAGGCUGUCAAAAGUCUUCUCCACGUUGCUGUUUCCGACUCCAAUGAUGAUGUUCGGAGAGCAGCGGUUACAGCACUAGGUUUUGUCCUCAUUCGUGAUUACACCACGGUGCCCAGGAUCGUAGAACUUCUAGCUGAAUCACAUAACGCACAUGUACGCUGCGGUACCGCCUUUGCGCUGGGUAUAGCUUGCGCUGGAAGAGGACUUGAAUCUGCUGUUGAUGUUCUACUGCCACUAACGAAGGAUUCAGUGGAUUUCGUUAGACAAGCGGCUAUGAUCGCUCUAGCUAUGAUCUUGAUUCAGCAAACCGAAAAGACCAAUCCUAGGGUUAAAGAAAUCAAUAACCUGUUCUUGAGCGUCAUGGGUAAUAAGCAUCAAGAGGGUCUGGCAAAAUUUGGAGCUUGCGUGGCUCAAGGUAUCAUCAAUGCAGGUGGAAGAAAUGUGACUAUACAAUUAGAAAACGUGGAUAUGGGAACAUUGGAUACAAAAUCUGUGAUCGGCUUAGCCAUGUUUUCACAGUUCUGGUAUUGGUUUCCUUUAGCACAUUUCUUGUCUCUAUCAUUCACUCCAACGACUAUUAUUGGUGUGAGAGGUGAAGAUUUAAGCAUACCAUCGCUUACAUUCAACUGUCAUACGAAAUCUGAUGUCUUUGACUACCCACCUGCUUACGAGGAGAGCACCGAUAAAAAUGUUGAGAAGGUAGCCACUGCAGUUUUGUCUACAACUGCGAAGGCUAAAGCCAGGGCCAAGAAGGGUAAGAAAGAUUUAAAAGAGGUCGAAGAAAAGCCUCCCAAAGAGAAAGCUGAAGAGAAAGACGAAAAAAAGAACACCGAGAAUGAAGUCAGUGAUGAAGCUUCUUACAAAAUCAAAUAUGUCAACAAGCCUUAUCAAAUUGACAACGCAUCCAGAGUUGUGCCCCAGCAGCUUAAAUACAUUGCAUUUUCGAAGGACGAUCGCUUUGUUCCCGUGCGCAAAUUCAGAGGCAGCAACGGUGUUAUUGUUUUGACUGAUAAAACUCCCGGUGAGCCUAUUGAGAUCAUCAAGACCGCCAAGCAAUUGAAAGACGUUGACGCUCCGUUACCCACCCCAUUUAAGGUAGAAGAAGAACUUGACUUUGCAAAACUUGUAUAG